AAACGUGCUUUUCGUUGUGUUCGUUCAUUGUUAUUAUUAGACUAGGAAAGGUUGAAAAUCGCUAAAAAUCGAGCGGAUUAACCUCAAACGUCGCUCUCGACUGAUAUCUAUAACUACAAAUAGUCCUAGCGUUUUCGUUCAUCAUUCAAUCGUUAAAAUUUGUCAGCCGUAGGCGACAUUUUCGACGAUACAAACACGACGAAGAAACGAAAACGAAAACGCGCAGGACACGUGAGACGAGAUUCAAAAAGGGUGGACGUGCGAAACUAACUCAGGAUGGACGCUGGCGGUGAUAGAGCGUUGCAUUCGACAAAUGCGGCUGUGAUACGGGAAAUUUAUGAUAGCGAAUUUGCACAUCAAACAUUUGCAAUGGAGCUUGAAAGAGCUCUGGAUGCAGGAUGCUGUGUGAUUGUUAUUGAACCAGCACAACUAGGGGAUGAAACAGCCAGGUGGAUUAGUGUUGGCAAUUGCCUGCAUAAAUCUGCAGUGUUGUCAGGGAUAGGAUCUGUUGUUAGUAGUAUUAUUUGGCCAGAAAACCCUCUGGCAAACACCCCAAUGGCUGUGGUUUCUCUGUUAUGCACAGGUUUAUACACAGCUUCCUGGCAAUUUGAUAAUUGUGUUAAAUAUCAAGUUGAACGUGAUCCUAGAAAACUCUCCCGCCUGCCAGUAUUGAGCGCGAUGUCAGCCGCCGCACCCGUUGUCCUUGUGCGCAAAGACGACACGAAGCGUAAGAUCCUCCAUUGGUCAGUAACAUUAACGGCGGUGGCGUUGAGCGCGUUUAGAAUAUACAGAAGCAUGAAGUAGUUAGCGCGCCCAGUGUCCCAUACGUACGUUUAGUGAGAGCCAGCCCAACGCAGCCACAACCCCGCGAUGAUAUUUGCGCGAUGGAGCCGCGCGAGUGCAUUAAAUCCAUAUGCAAAAUUGUAUUUUUCGGUAGUAGUCGACGUUUCCCGAGUGAAAUUUAGUCAGAAAAUGUUAGCCGCAACACAAUAAAGGCAAUGUUCGUAUUCUAUACUAAGCAAAAACACUCAAGCAGUGAGCAGUGAGUUGAAGAAAUAGCAUGUUAUUGAUAGGUGUUUCGAGUUCGAGCUUAGAAUGUGAUUGAAAACGAUGCGCAAAACGAAAACAAUAAUAUCAGAGAGCAUUUUUAUGAGUUA